AUGGCUGACCACAACCUCUACGCCUCGUAUAAGAGGGAUCAGAGAUAUCUCGUCUGCUGGCUGGUUCAAACAUCGAACCGCAUCAUCAUAUCACAACAAGAUGAGUCUCUCACGAUCAACACGUCUGGCCAAACUACGAUUUCCGGCUUGGUGGCCAUGUCGUCACUUAUCGCCAAGCACAACACCACGAUUCCCGCCAUUGUCUUCCGGCUGCUCGAAUCCAUUAUUGCCGAUCGUGCACAGGCCCAUAUGAUUUUCGAAAAGCUGGCCAGGUCAGAUCCAGACCCUGACUUAGAAAAGAGCAACACCUCCCACAGACAUUUCAUCAAUAUGCUCAAGCAGACCUUCGAGGUACUGGGAGGGCUCGCCUGGCGAUCAGGAGAAGAAGCAGGUCAACGCCCAGACGACGAAGAAACUAUUGAGGAAGUCAUCUUCUCGAACAAAUUUUCCGCCCUCGACAUUGGUGCUGUCAUUGAUGAGGAUUCUGAAGAAGAGGUCGAGCUCCCUAAGGCAUCUGCGGCAAGACGGCGCCAGACAAAUAGGUCUGGUAAAGGAAAGAAGAGCAGCGGGAAAGGAAAGAAGGGCAAAAGCACCAAGAAGCACCGGGCACCAGCUGCUCCACAGAUUUCUCUGGAGGAUCUACCUCUAGAAAGCUACAAGAUCGUGGAUGACUUUAACUCUGGGGCUGGUGAGAAUGGGACCGGCCUGCUGACUGACUAUCUUAUGGACGUCUACACCAUUUUCAGAAACAUUCUCGUCCUUCGAUCAUCGAUCCAAGAGAAGUGGACUGAGGUAGCGUACGACGAUCUCAACAGCGCCGUCGCCGGUGCUGUGUCCAACGUAGCCAUCGCCACCAUCAAGAAAAUGCAGUCCUCGAUAUUCGUUGAGUAUCCCGGCAACGAUUCAUUCGACGCUAUUCUAAACGCCAUGACACGAGGGAGUCCUGAGAAGUUGAGGAACAACUUCCGAGUUGAUAUGUGGGCAAGCGGCCCUGGUGGGCAGGCAGCUCGUCAAGUGCACAACACGUACCUGGACAUUGAGGAGCAUUUUCUCAUAUACUCGUACAAAGACCUCUGCGACUUUGUGACCGACUUCCAGCUGAACCGCACAGGAAAACCGACGAAGCGGAUGCAGGCCGAGAUUGGGAAUUGGAACCCCAAACUCAACCUCGCAAAUGCCACCAAGGAGGAACGGAUUCAGUGGCGCCGUGCUUACACUAUCAACUGGCUCUACGACUUGGUCAAUGUCUUCUCCUCUGCUGUUGUUAAGCGCAACACAUUGAACGGCGAAGGCCAUGAUCUUUCCCAGGUCGACUGGUCCUCCGCUGGCCGGUGGCACGCACACCGUCGACUCUUUGGCCUAAACGAAUUCGCCGGUUUCGUCAGCUCGCUCGCGUGGCAGAAGCCAGGUACCUUGAUAAAGAGCAAGAUUCUCCCCCACCAUGUGUUUCAGCUCCAGUGUAUCGUGGAUUCCUGGACCGUGUCGCGCGGAUGGUCGUUGAGUUUCCUUCAUGGUCAUGUGCUACGACCUUCCAGCCAUAACUUUAUUCCCAGACGAGACUUGGAUCUUAUCCUGGUUCGCGACCGAGCCCUUACCGGGUUUUUGCAAGCUGAACCAGUGUUGAAGCAGAUGCUCGAGCGUGAUGGCAUAAGAAGGGGCAACCCUGAGUUGCAUGGCGCAAGAUGUGCGAUUCUCAAGCAGAUUGGAGACGAGUUCGACGACUGGCUGGGCCAAAUCAAGUACGCAUCCGGUCUAGACACGAUUCCCACCUCGCGAUUCUCGAAUACCAAUGCGAACGGUCUAUAUGAAUACUCGCCGUUCCAAUGCGGCGUCGGAUUGCUAGAAGCACUUGAGUUGAAUUACCUGAUCGGCACCUACAUCUGGGAUCAACUUCCCGAACCUACGAUGCUCAUUCAUCUACACAACAUGGUGGUGAAGAAAGGCCACCUGAAGACACCGGUCGAGCUUUGGCUUGCGAUUGGGCAAAUCUUUUCCAAGGCAAUGUUUCCGACGGGCACAGCACCAACAUCCAAGUUUGCCCAGGCAUUUCAGUCUCUUUCUAGGAACGUUCAGAACAAAUGCUCCACCGCCCGAACGAUGAAGCUUCAGACUUCAAAGAACGCUGCAGAUAUCCCCGGCCUGCUGGACCCCAAAUCAAACGUUUUGUUCAAGUCCAAGCCGUAUGUGCAUCUCCUCCACCAAGCAGAGUGGGACCCAGAUCGAAUCUCGGACGAGGAGAUCCCCCUUGAUACGUUUACCUGCAUGCUGCGUCUUAGCCAGCUCAAGAUGAAGAAGGAUGGCCUGGCCGGGCGCAUGGUAUUGGCCGAUCCGGAGUCGCCCCUCUUCCAGCGUGCCAAGGGUCGUGGAUACACCGAGGAGUUUAUCGCCAAGCUCUCGUCAGCUAAUCCAUGGCAGGGCGAUGCGGCCGCUGAGCACGAGUCUGAGACCGAGAACAUCAUCAGAAACAUACAAAGAGCCGACCCGGAACGAUUCAAAGGGGUGGUUACCGGAGAUCAGGAGAUGCGGAAGAAGAAUGCGCCCGGAGGAUCAAUGGACCCGGAGGAGAUGAUGCAGCUCUGCGGAUGGGAUGUAUACAACAGCGUGUGCGGCGACACGCCCGUUUUGGGACUCAGCUUCCCCUUUGUGACGUUUUCCAUCUACGUGUGGUUCGAGAUGCUCGAGGAGGAACUCAAGGAGCUUCGCAACCCGGUCUACGUGGAUGCAUAUGAGGACCCGAAUUUUCGAGGAGAUCAACGCACCCGGCUGGUUAUGCUUGCUUUGGAGGCUCAGGAUGAGGAGUGUAUGAAGGUGAUUGCCGAGCUCUUUGAAAAAUGCCGCUGCGGGUUCGGCGAAAACACGUUCUGGGACAAGAUCGAGACUUGUGACGAAAGAACAGAGAGAAUGAACAGGACUCGGAAAGAAGAAGAACCGGGCUGCGUCGUGAUGUAA